AAAGUAAUUUAUUUAGGGGGCGGAUGUUUAUCGACUGGAACUAAAUUCAGACAGCCACAAUGGCUAUGUCUAAAGGUUUCAAAGUUCUUGAAAAAUCUUCUCCACCUAAUCCGUAUAGCAUAAUUUUGCAACAUAGAAAUAAAGACACUGCAUUGUUAUUCGAAUCUCAAGCGGUGGUUUCUUUGUCCUCUCAAGAGACUGAAACUUUACGUAAGCAAUACCACAAAAUUGCUGAUGCAUAUGGAUGCCUAGGCGUAUUACAGUUAAAUUCGGGAGAAAGUUGCCUUCUGUACCUCGUACUCGUUACGGGUUGCUGUUCUGUUGGAAAGGUAGGCGAUGUUGAAGUUUUUAAAAUAACUCAAACACAAUUCCUACCUCUUUUCUAUCAAUCGCAAAAUGAAGAUAAAGUUUCAGAAGUGAGGAAAUUACUUAAUUCAGGCACCUUUUAUUUCUCAUGGAAUUCUGGUAAAACUAGUGAAAAUUUGUUCGAUCUUACUCUCUGCGCUCAAAGAAAAAGUAAGGCAGCUAAUCCAGAUAAUAGAUUUUUUUGGAAUAGAACCUUGUUUAUCCAUCUUAUAAGGUUUGGAAUAGACUGUGACGACUGGCUAACUAGAGCAAUGUGUGGAUCGGUGGAGAUUAGAACAAUCUAUGUAGGUCAUAGACAGGCAAGAGCUGUAUUAGUGUCCAGGUUGAGUUGUGAAAGGGCAGGAACUAGAUUCAAUGUGCGAGGCUGCAAUGAUGAUGGCAAUGUAGCUAACUUUGUUGAAACUGAACAAGCUAUUUACAUAGAUGACUCAGUUGCAUCGUACGUUCAAACAAGAGGAUCAGUUCCACUAUUUUGGGAACAGCCUGGAAUUCAGGUUGGUUCUCAUAAAGUAAAAAUGUCUCGGGGUUAUCAUGCCUCGACUAGUGCAUGUGAUAGACAUUUCUCUCAAUUGAAACGUAAUUACGGGUCUGUUGUAGUUGUAAAUCUGUUAGGCUCCAGCUUAAUAGGAGGAAGUGAAGGAGAAGCAACUCUAAGCAAUGCUUUUCAGAGACACCUCAAUGAAUCCGCUCAUAAUGAUGUUGCACAAGUUAUCUUUGAUUAUCACCAGGAAGUUAGAGCAUCUUCAAUUGACUCUGCAUUAGCAAAGUUUAAAAAAGUUAUUGAAAAUUAUUAUGAUCAUAUAAGCAUUUUUAGUGCCAAAAGUAUUGAUAUUUAUAAUAUACAAAAGGGUGUCAUACGUACUAAUUGCUUAGAUUGUUUGGAUAGAACUAACGCCAUCCAAACCUUUAUUGGCUUAGAAAUGCUUGCUAUACAGCUGAUGCUAUUGCAAUGUGUUGACAAAAAACAGAAUGUUAAUAGGUUUGAGGAAGUUUUUAAACAAAUGUGGGUUAAUAAUGGCAAUGAAGUGUCAAAAAUUUAUGCCGGAACUGGUGCCAUUCAAGGUGGUUCCAAAUUAAUGGAUGGAGCUAGAUCAGCUGCUCGUACGAUACAAAAUAAUUUGCUAGAUAAUUCGAAGCAAGAAGCUAUUGAUAUACUACUGUUAGGUUCAACAUUAAAUUCUGAGCUCGCAGAUCGAACAAGAAUUUUGCUUCCAUCUAAUAUAUUACAUACAUCAACACCUGUUCUUAGAGAAAUGUGUAGGAGAGCAAAUGAAUAUACACAACCAUCAAGUAUUCGUAUAACAAUUGGAACUUACAAUGUGAAUGGAGGCAAGCAUUUUAGAAGUCUAGCAUAUAAAGAUGUUUCCUUAGCAGAUUGGCUAUUAGAUUGCCCAAAUUCAGCUUUAGUCAACACUGUGAAUUUAAAAGAUCAUCCAUCUGACAUAUUUGCAAUUGGUUUUCAAGAAAUAGUUGAUUUAAAUGCUAGCAAUAUUAUGGCAGCUAGUUCAGACAAUGCUAAGGCUUGGAGUGAAGAACUAGAUAAAGUGUUAGCGAGAGAUGCUUCUUAUACACUUUUGUCAAGUCAUCAAUUGGUUGGUGUUUGUCUUUUCAUAUUUGCCAGGAAGGAUUUAAUUCCACAUAUAAGAGAUGUAGCACUUGACUCUGUGAAGACAGGACUUGGAGGUGCUACUGGCAAUAAAGGAGCUGUGGCAAUUCGGUUGGUAAUAUAUGGAACAUCUCUUUGCUUUGUUUGUGCACAUUUUGCUGCAGGACAAUCUCAAGUUACAGAACGUAAUGCAGAUUAUACAGAAAUUACACGAAAAAUUGCUUUUCCUAUGGGGCGGUCACUAUACUCUCAUGAUUACGUCUUUUGGUGCGGAGAUUUCAACUAUCGUAUUGAUUUAGAUAAGGAUGAAACACGUUUAUUGGCUUCUCAAAAUAAUGUGCAAAGGCUUUUAGAACAAGAUCAACUGUUACGUCAAAAGUCACAAGACUUGGUCUUUAAAAAUUGUUUUGAAGGCGAAAUAACUUUCUUACCUACGUACAAAUAUGAUUUAUUUAGCGAUGAUUAUGAUACUAGUGAGAAAUGUCGAGCGCCAGCGUGGACGGAUCGUGUUUUAUGGAGAAGCCGUAAAUAUACUAUCGAUCCAGAAACAACUUCAGAAUUAGCUGCUGGAAAAUUAUUACACUAUGGGCGUGCUGAACUUAAGCAAAGUGACCAUCGCCCAGUAAUUGCUAUCCUUGAAAUAGAAGUUUUGCAAGUCAGCUAUACGAAAUGCAUGGAAGUGUUUUAUGAAGUGGUAAAAGAUUUAGGACCACCUGAUGCCAGUAUUGUUGUGCAACCAGUAGAAGAAUAUGACAAUGAAGAGUCUAUUUUUGAUGACAAUGUAAUGGCUGCUGUUUUGCAAGAAUUAGCAGUUAUUGGUGAAGUAACAUUAGUACGUUUUAUUGACGAUCUAACCUUAAGUAUAACUUUUAGAGAUGGUCAACAUGCCUUAGCUGCAGUACAAAAAGGAAAAUUUUCAGCGUGUGGUAUAGAGCUAGCAAUAUCAUUAAAGUCCCCUAAUUGGAUUGAAAUAGUAAAAUCAGAAGUAAAUUUAUGUUCUAACAACACAAUUCCAUUAUUCGGGGAAAUACCAAGCGAACGUCCUCUGCGUUCUGCUCCUCCCACCCCCCGUAGACAGCAACCGAGUAGACCUCCAGCUCCAUCGCCUACUCCUUUGAUACCUUCAAGGAAUCCAGCGGUAAGUCCAGCAAGACCACCUCCACCUCGUCCUGCGCCAAUUCAAAACGAAACUGUUGGAACUCCUCCCGCUGACAUCCUCCCCCCGCCGCAGUGUGCUCCACCACCGCCCCCAGCUAGUAGUACCCCUCCCCCGACUACUCAACCUCCUCCAGUACCUGCACGGCAAGGAGCGCCACCUCCUUUGCCAGCUCGCCCACGGCCUGUUGUAUAG